CGUAGGAGCAAUGUUUAUGCCCUUAGGUAUAUUCCUUUUUGGUUGGACAAGUAAAGCAUCUAUUCAUUGGUUCCCGUCAAUGCUUGGUGCUGCAUGCUUUGGUUUUUCGGCCUAUAUGGGUUUUCAAACUUUAAUGUCGUACUUAAGUCAUUCUUUCAAAAGAUACGUUGCUUCGGUUAUGGCUGCAAAUAACUUUUUCCGUUCUUUAAUUGGUGGUUUGAUUUGCUUAAGUGCUCAUCCCCUAUAUAAUAAUUUGAGUGCAAAUAGUCCAAACUACCCCGUUGGUUGGGGUAGUACAAUUCUUGGAUUUAUUGCAAUUCUAUUAUCUUUGAUCCCUUUGAUUUUUUAUUUCAACGGCCCUAAACUUAGAGCUAGAUCUAAAUUUGCUAAUUAGUCUUUGUUCACAGAUUCAUAUUAAUAUAUAGAAACUAGAUCCAGU